AUUUUCGUCCCUGCUGCCACCAACCACUAAGAUUCCGGGACGUGGCGGCGCCACCCCUUCACCUGCACCGAAAAGAACUCAAAUUACCUGAACACCCUUCACAAAGUCACAAAUGCAAAACCCAAUUUGGGCGAGUAACCCACUCGAGUCGCCCUUUUUGGGUCAUCCUUGCUCGAAACUCGUCAUUCAGUCUACCAGGAGGCUUACCAGAAGAAGAAGAAAGGGAGGAGAGAGAGGGAGAGAGUGGGCGGUCAGGGCAAUGCCUUGUUCUUCUAAAAAUACGUCGUCUUCUUCUAGAGAUGACAAUGGUGCCCUUCGUGCUUUCAAGCUGAGUGAGUCCACGUUUUUGGCUUCUCUUAUUCCUAAGAAGGGGAUUGCUGCUGAUCGAUUCGUCGAGGCGGAUUCUAAGUACGAUGCCCGUGAGGUUGUUGUCGCUAUUUUUGAUUCUGGUGUGUUACAAGUUACCUCAGGUGGGAAACCGAAGAUCUUUGAUGUUCUUGAUUCGUAUUAUAAAACUACUUGUUAG